AUGUCUGGAGAUAAAAAGAAAUCAAAAUCCUCAUCAUCUUCCAACACUGAAGAGAAGGAAUACUCGAUCAAGCCAGAGAAGACACCAGCUCUCGAUACCUCGAAAUGGCCACUUCUCUUGAAGAACUACGACCAAUUGUUGGUUAGAACCGGUCACUACACACCAAUUCCAAGUGGUAACUCACCAUUGAAGAGACCAAUCAAGGAUUACGUUAGAUAUGGUAUCAUCAAUCUCGACAAGCCAUCGAAUCCAUCGUCUCACGAAGUCGUCUCGUGGGUCAAGAACAUCUUGAAGGUCGAGAAGACCGGUCACUCUGGUACUUUGGAUCCAAAGGUAACCGGUUGUUUGAUCGUUUGUAUCGAGCGUGCCACUCGUCUCGUCAAGUCACAACAGGGUGCCGGUAAGGAGUAUAUGGGUAUCGUGCGUCUACACAGCGCCAUCGACGACACCAACGAUCUCGCCAAGGCAGUCGGAACACUCACCGGUGCACUCUUCCAACGUCCACCAGAAAAGUCGGCCGUCAAGAAGAGACUGAGAGUUCGUACCAUCCAUCAAUCCAAGUUGCUCGAGUACGACGCCGAGCGUAAUCUCGGUUUGAUCUGGGUUGACUGUGAAGCCGGUACUUACAUCCGUACCCUGUGUGUUCACAUCGGUUUGUUGCUCGGUGUCGGUGGUCACAUGCAAGAGUUGCGUCGUGUCCGUUCCGGUAUCAUGUCGGAGAAGUCCAACAUGGUCACCAUGCACGAUAUCAAGGACGCUCAAUACGAGUACGACAACAACAAGGAUGAGACCUACUUGCGUCGUGUCAUCCAGCCAUUGGAAGCCGUUCUCACCAACUACAAGCGUAUCGUCGUCAAGGAUUCCGCUAUCAACGCCAUCUGCUACGGUGCCAAGUUGAUGAUUCCAGGUUUGUUGAGAUACGAACAGGACAUCGAAGUCAACGAAGAGGUCGUUUUGAUUACCACCAAGGGUGAAGCUAUCGCUAUCGGUAUCGCUCAGAUGACUACCGCUUCGUUGUCGUCGUGCGACCACGGUGUCGUUGCCACCAUCAAGAGAGUCAUCAUGGACAGAGAUGUCUACCCAGUCAAGUGGGGUCUCGGUCCAAAGGCCAAGGUCAAGAAGGAGAUGAUCAGAGACGGAAAGUUGGACAAGUUUGGAAAGCCAAAUGAGAACACUCCUUCCGACUGGCAAUCAAACUAUGUCUACUACAGUGGUGAGAACAACAAUAACAACAGUGACAGCAUGUCCGUUGACACUCCAGUCAAGAAGGCAGCCGAGCCAGCCAGAAAGCAACCAGUCGUUCCAGAGGAAGUUGCAACUCCAGCCAAGAAGUCGGUUGUCGCCGACUCAUCCGACAGCGAGGUCGAAGAGAAGAAAGAAAAGAAGGAGAAGAAGGAGAAGAAGGAAGAGAAGAAGGAUAAGAAGAAGAAGGCUGACUCUGACGACGAGAAGGAGGAGAAGAAGGAAAAGAAGAGCAGCAAGAAGAGCAGCAAGAAGGAUUCAGACGAUGAGAGUGAAAAGAAGGAAAAGAAGAGUAGCAAGAAGGACAAGAAGGAAGAUAAGGAAGAGAAGAAAGAAAAGAAGAGCAGCAGCAAGAAGAAGGGAUCCGACGAUGAGAGUGAAAAGAAAGAAAAGAAGAGCAGCAGCAAGAAGGACAAGAAACGUUCUCACGAAGAAGAAUCUCCAGCCAAAGAUAAGAAGAAGAAGAAAUCCGAAUAA